AUGCUUGAAACGGCUUAUCACGGAUGUGCAAUUGGAAAAGCUAAACAGAAUGCUACCACAGAAAUCGAGAAACUAAAGCCGUCGGAACUGUCCGCAAACGAGUUGGUCCGAGAAGCUGCCAAAAUAAUUUACACAGUGCAUGACGAAAUCAAGGACAAACACUUUGAAUUGGACUUGAGCUGGGUUGGUGAAUGUAGUGGAGGUGUCCACACAGUUGUCCCACAACCAUUGUUCCAAGAAGCCGAAACGUUCGCGAAACAGGCAUUAGAGGAUGCAGACGAUUUGGAUGAUGAAGUGGAAUGA